AUGAUAUAUUAUGAUGUAGAAUCGUUUCUAUUUUAUAUUUUGACAGAGGUCGAUGAUCGCAAUGAAGAACAUGUUAUCGGAUAUUUCUCGAAGGAAAAAAUUUCGUAUGAUAAUUACAAUUUAGCUUGUAUUCUUGUUUUCCCUCCCUAUCAAAGGCGAGGGUACGGCCUAUUACUAAUAGAUUUCAGCUACGAGCUCUCUAAAAGAGAGCAUAAAAUUGGAUCACCUGAACGACCAAUAUCAGAUUUGGGUAUUAAGGGAUACCAUUCCUAUUGGAAACGUACAAUACUGAAAAUUCUCCAAGAUCAUACACCUAAUCUCUAUAAAGUCCAAGAGGGCGCGAGUACUAUUAAUGGUGACGAAAUGUCACAUAAUGACAACGGGAGAUUCAUGAUUACCAUUAAUGAAAUUUCACUGAUGACGAGUAUUCGUAGAGAAGAUAUUAUAUAUACUCUCCAGGAGAUGGGCUUUCUUAAAUACAGAAAUCCAAAUGUUGACAACGUUAAUUAUGCUAACGUCACUAAUGAUGUAAAUAAUCAUGCUGCUAACGGUACCGAACAACAUGAUCUUUAUGAACAACAGUCACAUAAUAAUAGCCCUCAACAAGUACAGUACCAGUUACACCGUAACGAGGAAUUUGCACAGCAAAGGCACCAACAACAUAUUAUAUGUAUUACGCGCAGAAUGAUUGAUGAUUACAUAAGGAAUCAUGGUGUAAAACUUGAUAAUAGGACAGUUGACAUUUGUGGUCUCAAAUGUAGAGAUGAUAAUCGAUUAGGGAAUGAUCAAUCAUUCAAUUUGUUUGAUC